AUGGAGAAGACCGUCAAUGUGAUCUGGUUCCUCAACCUGGCGAUAGCUGAUUUUAUAUUUGCACUGUUUAUUGCUUUCAUUAUUGUAGACUUAGUAUUUCUGAAUGACGGGCCACUUAGUAAUUACUCGACCAUGAUCACCACGUUUGUAAUCUAUCUCAAUAUGGUGGGCAGUGUCCUCCAGCUCCCAGUCAUCAGUGUAGACCGCUGUAUCUGUGUCGUAUUCCCGGUUUGGUGUCACAAUCACCGGACCAGAAGAUUGGCUCUGAUUGUUGUCCUGAUCAUUUGGAUUUUUUCUAUUUCUUCACAAAUAAUUGAUUUCUUUGUAUUGGAUGACAAUCAUAACUGGGAACCUAUUGUAAGGUUUCUCUUUUUCUUCCUUCUUCCGUUCAUUGUUAUCGUCUCAUCUUACACAAUCCUUAUCUUGCGCAUCAAAGAUAAAAGCAUCAUCAAAUCUUCCAGGCCUUUUAAGAUCAUCGUAGCCGUGGUCAUCGCUUUCUUCAUUUGUUGGUUCCCUUAUUAUUUGUUUGACCUUUUGGAUAUAAUUACAUAUACAAACAUCAAUGUCUAUGAAGCUGGAAUGAAAAUUUGUACAUGUCUGAUGUAUUUUAAUUGCUGCAUUAACCCCAUUCUCUACGUCUUUAUUGGUCAGGAUUUCAAACAAAAAUGUUGUGGCUCUUUCCAGGCUGCAUUUGAGAAGGCCUUCAGAGAAGACAUGGGCCAGAUGAAUUUCAGGGAGAAUUAA